CGCCGCCUAUUCCUGAGGGGGCGGCGGGAGGCGCCGGGUCCGGCCCUGAGCGCGAGCUGUCUGCAAUCCAGGGUGUCCAGGUGAAAUCACAGCACAGGGAGCAGCCAGAACAGCAGCAGGGAGAGCUGCCACCUCCAACGGGACUGAGGUGGUGAGGGAACAGAGAUUGCCCCUCUCUGCCUGCAUAAGUAACUGAGCUGCAGAGGUUCAGAUGACCAGUCCCUUCAUCAUCUCAGUGGCCCUUCACUGGGUCCUCUCCAGCAGUACAUGGUAAUUCCAUCACCUUCUGGCCAUCCCAAUGAUGAAAUCAGAAGCUAAGGAUGGAGAAGAGGAAAGCCUGCAGACAGCAUUCAAAAAGCUGAGAGUUGACACAGCUGGAUCUACUACUUCUCUCUCUGUGGGUGAAGGGACGAGUCCCAGAGCACUAGUUAGAACAGUGGCAGAUGAAACCAAACCUAAGACUGUGUGUGCUUCAAAGGAAACCUGGCAUGGGUCUACGAAGAAGCCUCCGAGAGGAGUCGUGAGAACCCAGCGUCGCAGGCGUUCCAAGUCUCCCAUUCUUCAUCCUCCAAAGUUCAUCCACUGCAGCACAAAAUCGCAUUCCACGUGCAGCCAGCUGGUGCAGAAGAGCCAGCUGGAUGCCCAGGACGACAGCAGUGGGUUUGGGAUGCCAGUCUCCAGGGAAGCUGGUGCACACGGACAAUGCAGCGCUGCUCCUGACCUUGGCCACAAGGGAGCUGAGGUUGAGGCUUUGGGGGUUUCUGUUACACAGUUGACGUCGGAGAACAGGCAGGAGAACUCUCCAGCUGCAGCUUCUCUGGUGCCCAAAACCAGCCUAAAGACUACAGAGCUUUCUGACUUCCAGUCCAUGUGCAAGCUGAACACGAGUAAGCCGUGUGCCUGUGCAGGUAAAGCCUGUCAGUGCAAGCUGUGGCAAGACAUGGAAGUGUACAAAUUCUCUGGCUUGCAGAACAGCCUCCCCCUGGCACCCGACAGAACAGUUUCUGAGGAUCACUCACAGCCUUUGCCAUCAAGAACUCCCUCAAGUUCUCCACGCUCUUGCUCUGAGCAAGCCAGGGCCUUUGUGGAUGAUGUGACAAUAGAAGACCUUUCGGGAUACAUGGAGUAUUACUUGUAUAUUCCAAAGAAAAUGUCUCACAUGGCAGAAAUGAUGUACACCUGACACAAUGAGCACCAGAAGGGUGGCUGGUUUAAAUCUGCUGUCACACUCAUGUGAAGAUCCAACCCACUCCCUGCUCACUUGCAAUAAAAACACUUCUUUGCAUCUCA